CAAUCACAACAGUCAAAGCUAGUGGCGAAGAUCGCUUUCUCGUGCAACCUUUGGGCCAACCACCAUCCAGCAAAUAGGCAACGUGAUCCUCUCUUUUUCUCUCGCUCUCGAUUGCGUGCAUGUCGUCGGAGCGGUACAAAGGUGGUCGGAGAUCGGCAGAAGGACGAGGUGGCAAGCAUGGGCACGCAGGUCGACCAUCGGAAAGGGUGCAGAGGCUCAAUGCGGACAGCGAGCUGGAGAGCAGCGUCCAGAACAUGUACGCGAGAGCCGAGAGCAGUACGACGGAAGCGUCCACUCGACCUGCCUCUUACACCCGGGAUGCUGCGAGGUGUCAUGUGCUUGGCCUCCCUUGGCAACCCCCAAAUCUCAGCAGCAUGUCCCAUUGCUGCAGGAGGAUCGCGCGCAGUACAGACAGCCAAGCGCUCAAAUCGAUCCGAUCACCCUUCCUCCAAACGUCGACGUGGCGCCCAGAGACCAUUUGGCGCGCCGCCAAACAAGGACGUCGACGACGACGAUGCAGACUACCAGCCGGAGGAGGAGGUAGCGACACAUGCGGCGACUUCAGCAUCUUCCUCUUCGCGACAAUCACGGCAAGCUGCAGAGCCUGGGACAUUGGCGAGUAGCCGCGUCAUCCCCGUCAGUGCUCUAUCGGACCAGCCGCCUCCUCCCUGCGGCACAUAUGCACAAGAAGUGCACAGAGCCAAUCAUGAGCUCCUUCUCACAAUCCCAUCAGAGCUCUCGUCAAGCCUGCUUAAAGCCGUCGCCAAGCACCGCCCGGAGUUUCUGACGACCCACGUACUUUGUACUUAUUUUGCGAGGUGUGAUCGAUUACUGCUUUCAUCUUCAAUACCUCAACUGCUUAGCAAAGCACCACUAGCUCGCUUCCUCGGCACCGUGGGAGAGAAGGCGGACGCAUUGAGGAUCAUUUCGCUCAGAGGACUGACGAACUUGUCUGAUGAGGCUGCGCAGAAGCUAUUCACAUUUGCAACGCGUCUUGAAGAGGUGGACCUAUCAGGGUGUGCUCGCAUCAGCGCGAAGACCCUGGAGGUGCUCGUGAGCCACAAUCCCCGGUUGCAUACCGUCAACAUCUCAUACACCGACGCUGGUCCGGCAGGAUUGGAAGAAGCGCUCCUUGCUAGACGUUUGCGUGUGCUGAAAGCUGCAGAUGUCCUUGGUCUUACGGGAAAAGCAGUGACUGCUGCUGUCAAUUGCGCAAUGGCACGCGCUGCGGAGGUUGAGCCUCCAUUCGUGCCUCUGCUUGAGCUUCGCAAGCUAAAGGUCAAGAAUACCAUCAUCGACGAGGUAGGUCUUGGAGCGCUAAUCAAACUCUGUGGAGCAAGAUUGGAAAGCCUAGACAUCAGCUAUACUGCCCUGCGGACGCUCAUGUCUUUGGAGACAGGUCCAGUGUCCAGCGGGUCACCUAGCAAGCUGCAGAAGCUCGUUCUGAAUGGGUUGAAUUUGUCAAAGGGCACAAGCCUCUCCCAGCUCAUCGAGUGGUCAGCACCUAGUCUCUUGAACCUUCAAUGCUCUGAUAUUGACGAUAAGCACUGCUGGAGGUGGAUCACGCGCCUCGAGGGGAGAGAUUCGUACCCCUUGAGGAAGCUGGUGAUUGGCGAUACUUGUUUUCGAAUGUCCUCAAUAAUGAAUAGCCCGGAGAUAUGUCGCACAUUUCCAUCACUCAAGGGCAAUGUUCACUACCUCGGCAGCGAAGAUCCACUUUUGCAGAGACUCGAGGAAAUCAGCGCUGCUUCGAAGCGAUACAGCCUUGUCAGCGGCGCCAAACCUCUGCUAUUUUGUUUCGUGCCGCAACAUGCACCACUGCGCUCGGUAGACCUUUCAGAUAGCGGCCUGAGCAGAGAUGAGGUGGCCGAUCUCGUGUUGAGGAGUCCUUUCAUGGAGUCCAUCAACUUGACCGGAUGUCGUAGCAUCCCAGUGCAACAGCGACGGUCAUACUUUGAGCAUUUCGAUGUCGCGUACGCCAACGAGAUAGCCGCCUUGAGAGAGCAGCAUCCACACCCAGCAGCGAUGUUUCGCUGAUUCUACCCAUGGAAACAGCUUUGCGAGUGCAGUCUUUGCUACACAUACUCAUCCGGACUUGCUCGUUUUCUCUCGUUCACAUUGGGUGGGCGUUCAGCUCGUCGUACAUUUGUCGAAGUAUGUAGUCGAAUGAAAUCAGCAUCUUUGACCACUACGCCAUGAUGUGUGGCCAGGGGGUAGUCAGAAGGCAUAGCAGAGCCUACAUCCUCGGUGUAAGGUGCUUCCUCU